AUGGAGAAAAAAAGCCCACAAUUGCCCUCCACCAGCGAGCAGAUCCUUGAGAGGUCCACAAAAGGUGCUACUUUUCUCAUGAUGGGCCAGCUUUUCACCAAACUGGUGACGUUCGUUUUGAACAAUCUGCUGAUCAGGUUUCUGUCACCCAGAAUAUUUGGUAUUACUGCCUUCCUAGAAUUCAUUCAAGGCACCGUGCUGUUUUUCAGUAGAGAUGCGAUUCGUUUGUCCACGUUGAGAAUUUCAGACUCUGGCAAUGGAAUAGUCGAUGAAGAUGAAGAGGAGUAUCAGGAGACGCAUUACAAAUCCAGAGUAUUGCAAACCGCAGUCAAUUUUGCUCACAUACCGCUUUGGAUCGGGUUUCCACUGUCGAUUGCUCUUAUCGCGUGGCAAUACAGAAACAUCAAUGCGUAUUUCAUCACUUUGCCAUUCUUCACGUGGUCUAUUUUACUUAUUUGGCUCAGUAUCAUCGUCGAACUAUUGAGCGAACCGUUCUUUAUCGUCAACCAGUUCAUGUUGAAUUAUGCCGCUAGGUCGAGGUUCGAAAGUAUCGCGGUGACUACAGGAUGUAUUGUCAACUUUUCAGUCGUUUAUGCCGUUCAGCAAUCCCGCUACCCCAUGGGAAUCGGCGCUGCGGAUAGUGAUAAAGAAGGUAUCGCUAUAUUGGCAUUUGCCUUGGGCAAAUUAGCUCACUCAAUUACGCUAUUAGCGUGUUACUACUGGGACUACCUCAAGAAUUUCAAACCCAAAAAAUUGUUCAGUACUAAGCUGUCAAUGAUAAAUCCGCAAGAGAAUAACGAAUCGAAGAAGAGCUACUCAAAAAGCACAUCUUAUUUCUUCCAAAGCGAUAUCUUGCAACAUUUCAAAAAGGUUUAUUUCCAACUAUGUUUCAAGCAUUUGUUGACGGAGGGCGAUAAACUUAUCAUCAACUCCCUUUGUACAGUGGAAGAACAGGGUAUCUAUGCUUUACUUUCUAACUACGGGUCGUUAUUAACAAGAUUGUUAUUCGCGCCUAUUGAAGAAUCGCUGCGAUUAUUUCUGGCUCGUUUGCUGUCUUCAUAUAACCCGAAGAAUUUGAAACUAUCCAUUGAGGUCCUGGUUAAUUUGACAAGGUUUUACAUCUACUUGUCGUCAAUGAUCAUUGUGUUUGGACCCGUUAAUUCGUCCUUUUUGUUGCAAUUUUUGAUUGGCUCAAAAUGGUCCACUACUUCUGUUUUGGACACCAUAAGAGUUUACUGCUUCUAUAUCCCAUUUCUAUCACUCAAUGGUAUUUUUGAAGCGUUUUUCCAAAGCGUGGCCACUGGUGACCAAAUUUUGAAGCAUUCAUAUUUUAUGAUGGUCUUUUCCGGUAUCUUCUUGAUCAAUUCCUGGGUUCUUAUCGAGAAGCUCAAACUAUCCAUCGAAGGCUUGAUUAUGAGUAAUAUCAUCAAUAUGAUUUUGAGAAUAUUGUAUUGUGGAGUUUUCCUGAAUAAAUUCCACAGGGAACUGUUUACGGGCUCCUCCUUUUUCUUUAAUUUCAAGGAUUUCAAAGCAGUUAUAAUUACAGGUUUAACGAUUUGCCUAGUUGAUUGGUGGUUUAUAGGGUACGUUAAAAACUUACAGCAAUUUUUUGUCAAUGUCUUAUUUGCAAUGGGACUACUAGCAUUGAUUUUAGUCAAAGAGCGUCAAACUAUACAGUCAUUUAUUAACAAAAGGGCAAUUUCUAGUUCAAAAGAUGUAUAA